CUUUGUGGCUCGGCGCUCCGGGUUUGCGGCUGGGCUUCUGGCCGCUCCUGGGCUGUGCGGAAAUAAAAAGGUUACUCAAAGGAAAACCUGAAGCACACCACCCAGUUGUAGUGAGUUUUUGUUUUUUUUUUGCUAAGCUCUUUCAGUGCAGAAUGGCUGUGGAAACCAGAGCACUUUCAACCCUCCUACCUCAGAAUCCUCAGGAACAAGAACUAAUACUAGUGAAAAUAGAAGAAAGUCUUUCCUGGGGCUCAAAACUUAAACAGAAUAGGAGCACCCGAUCCUGUCAAGAAUUGUUUCGCCAACAAUUCAGAAAGUUUUGCUACCAGGAGACACCUGGACCGCGGGAGGCACUGGGCCGACUCCAGGAGCUUUGCCAUCAGUGGCUCAUGCCAGAGUUUCACACGAAGGAGCAGAUCCUGGAAUUGCUGGUGCUGGAGCAGUUCCUGAGCAUUUUACCUGAAGAGCUGCAGGUCUGGGUUCAGCAACAUAGUCCACGAAGCGGCGAGGAAGCUGUGAUGCUGUUGGAGGAUUUGGAGAGGGAAUUUGAUGAUCCAGGGCAGCAGGUCCCAGUUAGUCCGCAGGCACCAGAGGUGCCUUGGAAGGAUUUGACGUGUCUUGGAGCACCUCAGGAGUUAAAGACACAGCUGAAUUCCUGGGAGCCUUACCUUUCCUCCACAAGUGAUUGUGAGAACAGUGACUCAGCAACAAAGAACCCUUUGAGAGAAAAGUCACAAGGACUUCCCCAGGAGCCUUCAUUUGGAGGAGUCAGUGAACACAAAAGCAAUUUGGAAUGGCAACAAGGACAUGCCACCAGGGAGAAUUUAAGAUCCCUUUCCCAAGGGAGCAGUUUUAGCCAAGUAAUGUUCACACACAAAUCUCUGGAUAAAAGAGACAAUCGUGAUGAACCUCAAAGAAACUUGAUUCUAAGUACAAAUUCUGUAACAUAUCAGAAAGUUCCUACAGAAGAGCGACCUUAUAGAUGUGAUGUAUGUGGACACAGCUUCAAACAGCAUUCCUCUCUAACACAACAUCAGAGAAUCCACACUGGAGAGAAGCCCUAUAAGUGUAACCAGUGUGGAAAGGCCUUUAGUUUAAGAUCCUAUCUUAUUAUUCAUCAGAGGAUUCAUAGUGGUGAAAAAGCAUAUGAAUGUAGUGAAUGUGGGAAAGCCUUUAAUCAGAGCUCAGCCCUCAUUAGACACCGGAAAAUUCAUACUGGUGAGAAAGCUUGUAAAUGUAAUGAAUGUGGAAAAGCAUUCAGUCAAAGUUCAUAUCUCAUUAUACAUCAAAGAAUUCACACUGGUGAAAAGCCCUAUGAAUGUAAUGAGUGUGGGAAAACCUUUAGCCAAAGCUCAAAGCUUAUACGACAUCAACGAAUACAUACAGGAGAAAGACCUUAUGAAUGUAACGAAUGUGGGAAAGCUUUUAGGCAGAGCUCAGAGCUGAUUACCCAUCAGAGAAUACAUAGUGGAGAAAAACCCUAUGAAUGUAAUGAGUGUGGAAAAGCCUUCAGCUUGAGCUCAAACCUCAUCAGACAUCAGAGAAUUCAUAGUGGAGAAGAGCCUUAUAAGUGCAAUGAAUGUGGCAAGACUUUCAAAAGAAGCUCAGCCCUUGUUCAGCAUCAGAGAAUCCAUUCUGGGGAUGAAGCUUACAUAUGUAGUGAAUGUGGAAAGGCUUUCAGGCACAGGUCAGUUCUUAUGCGCCAUCAGAGAGUCCACACUGUAAAGUAACUUGAGAAUACUAUAAAUACUUCAGAUUUAUGUUUGUCAAAGGAUUUACUUGGAACAAGACUUCAUAAAGGUUAUAAACUACUUGAGUCAGUCAAACUUUCUGUAGCACUUACCAAUGAUAAUGCAAAUUGUCCCUUCAAAGCUGUUCUAUGACAUCAGAACAACAAAUGGAAGAAUCACUACUUCCAGCUUUUUUCUUACAUAAGGAAUACUCAGGAAAUAUAAAAAAUGGGAAUGUAACAUUGAAACCUCAUUUUCCAUGAAAAAGGAAGAGAAUAUAGCAGCCCCAGUUCUGUCACUACAUCUGUUUGUCAUAGUGCAGGUUGGAGGAUGUGGGACAGUAUUAAGGACAUUUUGUUUCAGGAACACAGAAAUUUUACUGACUCAUUGAGAACAGUGACAGGGCCUUAAGCCAGAUGGUGAGACUUUCAUCAUUGAUUUGUUGGCUGUGGGUAGGUCAGAAACGAGAUACUGAGAAUAAUACCAGUUAGUUUAUCCAACAGUUUUUGAGUGCUAUUUCUAUGAGGCACUAAGUAUCCAAAGAAAAAUAAGACAUUGUCUCUAUAGUUUAAUGGGCAAGACAAGGAGGCAAUGACACUGUGAUAUGGUCAGUUCUCUGUGACAUUAAGGAGUGCCAGACCCAACCUUGUAUCGGAAAGGCUUCUGAGGAAAAGGGCCUGAAACAUGAGUAGGAGUUAGCCAGAGAACAGUGUUCCCUGGAGAGAUCAACAGACCAAGGCAAGACCUUUUAAUUUUGAAAAUUAAAAGGAUAUUUUGUGUAGAGUAUUUCUGUUGCAUUCCUUUGAAGUGGAAUAAUGUCUGUAAAGAAGCAUGGAUGUGAUCACACUUUUAAGUGGUGCCUAUAGCAAAAUACGAGCCAGUAGAGAAAUUUCUAUUAAUAGAUAAAACCUGGAGUCCUUGGUCCAUGAAGUGGUAAAGAGCUUGAUCUUGGUCUGCUCUGACUGCAGCUAAGAUUAAUAUGUACUGUCCUUGCCCAAUGUAUAGGCUAAGCAUUUCCAGAGGGUGAUAGGUAGGGAUGGUUGUGAGAAAAAAUCCUUAACAAGGGGUUAAGAGUCAAGUUCUAAGUCUCCCUCUUGCAGAAUUAAGAACUCCUUUGGCUUUUAAGACAAUAUUAGAACUGCUAUCAGAUUCUUCUAACUCCCAAGACUCAGGAGCUGUUCUGCUUGUUACAUAAUUUUUUUCAGGGCAAAUAUCUCCUGAUUUCUAGAACACCCCCUGGGGCUUAGGUGCUGCAACAUAGUGGCUGGAUCUGACUUAUUUCCAGGCACCUCUCCAUGUCCCGGUUUGUCUUGUGUCAUCAGUAUUUCACAAUCUCUUGUUAAUUGUUUUUUAAACAUUAAAGGGAAAUGACAGUAGAGAGUAAAGUAACAAUCACGGUCAAUCCAGAGACUACCCUCUUCUGAGGGAUCCAGCAGGAGACGUGCCCCUUAGAUUGGUGUUUGUCAGUGUAAGGCAGAUUGGGGUAUAAGUUAGUCAGCAACAGAGAAACAUGCUAUUCAAAGAACCAGUAAAUCAGUGAUACCAUACACCUAACCAAAAAUAGGAGUCAGUGGGAAACUACCUGGCAUAGGAAGAAAAGGAGUUUUCAUUAGUAUAAAAAGAAGUAAUGUUCCUAGCGAUCAUGAACAACUGAACAUUUACUAACUGGUAGGAAUGACUGCUGAAUGACCAUGCUUGCAGAGAAUGUGAAUAGAAGGAUAUGGUCAUUUGGGAAAUGGUAAGAUGAAAUAAAAUAACCUGGUAGGAGCUAUUGCAGUUCAUUUUCCUCUUAAAGAUCCAAACAAACUAUAUAUGACAAGUAGAAAUUGAUAUGUUACAAAAAGGAGAUAACUUUAUAAAUGUUAAGAUUAUCAUAGGUACUUGCUAUCGGCUUUUUCAGUCCCUAUCUUGCAGAGGAGGAAGUGAAGGAUUAGGAACAUGGGCUUUCAAGGUCUUAUAGUUAAAAACUGAUGAGGUCAGACUUUGAACCCAGGUAGUAAGAACCUAAUCUCCCAGUAGAAAAAUAUGGCACUUAAACAGGCAAAUCACAGAAUAAAUGCCCAUCUUCAGUAUCCAGCCUUACUGAAUUAAAAAUGGAAAGCAAGAGUUAAAAUAGUACUUAACCCCUCCCCCCAAAAAAAGUCACUAGCAAGGAUGCAGGGAAACUGGGACUCUCAUGCUGCUAGUGACAAAUGAAUAGAUAAUAACUGGCCAUCAGUACCAGAAGCCUUAAGCAAUGCCUUUUGACUUACGAUUCUUCCAGGAAAUAAUAUGAUUCAGAAACCAUCAUAAAUGUACAAAAUCUUAAAAUCUCUUAAGUGACGUGGAUUACUAUUAGAAGAAAUGGCAAAGCACUCAUAUCAUGUUAAGUAAAAAUGUAUGUAUAAUGUUAUUUCAUGUAAAAAUUAUUUAUGCA